AUGUUCCAGAAAGUUGAUUCUGAUCUGGAUUACAUUCAAUACAGGCUAGAAUAUGAAAUCAAGGCUAAUCAUCCUGAUUCAGCAGGCAAGAAAAAUCCAGUUAAACUUUUAAAGGAAUUGACAGCCUUAAAGUCUCGAUAUCAAACCUGGUAUGCAUGUUUUAAGCCAGUCGUUGUUGAGCAGAAAGAGACUAAGAGCCGCAUUUGUACUACUUUGAAUAAGACCAUGACUAUGAUACAAGAACUCCAAAAGCAUAGAGAUCUGGAGUUGUCACCAUUGACUGAAGAAGAGAAAAUGGUGACAGAGCAAUUCAAACCUCACAUGCCAGAUUUAUGA